AUGGCAGGAAACACUGAUAGCCGGUCGUCGUCAUCGUCUCCCUCGGAAUCAUCUCCGUCAAAUGUACCUUUAUUGUCGGAUGUGGAGAUAAACUUUGAAGAUGGCGAGAAACAUACCUUGUCAUCGUCGAAACCUGGGAUAUCAAAACGAUCUAAUGGUUUUCAUGGAACUCCAUUACAAACAGAUGCUCUCAUGGAAGAGAUACUGUCUCCACACUCUGAUGGCUUCAAUUCACCGACUUCACCAAAGCAGUGGCCAGCUUCGGCGAAGGAGCCUUUACUAGCAGGAGAGGAAGGUGUUCAGAAGGACAAUGGGGAAGCUGAGUUUAUUGCUCCUGAGUCAAAGACUAAGACACCAUAUAUCAGCGCAGAGUAUAAGCUUGCAUUGUCUCAUUUCAGGCGAAUAUUCUCUUACACUAGCCGCAAUGAUAAAUUACUUUUACUUGCAGCAGGAGGUGCCUCAGUAUUUACUGGUAUUACACUUCCACUCAUGAAUGUUGUGUUCGGUGAACUUGUUGGCGAUUUCAGCGGAUUUUAUAAUCCGGAUUCUGAUGAAACGAAGGAGGUUUUUACCCAAGCUAUCAAUCAAAAUGUAAUCUAUAUGCUCUAUCUGUUUCUGGGCAGGCUGCUUCUCGACUAUGUAGCUGUCCUUGGGUUUCGAAUGGUCAGCAUUCGAAUAUCCGCAUCGAUGCGAAUUGCGUAUCUUAAUGCUCUCUUUCGACAACCUAUCUCCGUGCUUGAUACCCUACCAUCAGGACAAACAGCGUCCAUCAUAACAAUUACUGCUAAUAUUCUACAACUCGGCAUCUCCGAAAAACUAUCCAUGUUUCUCCAGAGCAUUUCACUAAUAUUCUCGGCUUUGAUAGUCGCCUUCUACUAUAAUUGGCUGCUCACACUCGUGACCAGCACUGGCUUAAUAUUUAUCGUUGCGUUCUAUUCCUUCACCAUCCCGCGAUUGGUGAAGAGGCUGAAGCAGGUUGAAGAGGCUGAUCAAGUAUCAUCUUCUAUUGCAAGUGAAGUUUUCAGUUCGAUUAGGAUGGUCGUCGCUUGUGAAGCGGAAGGGAAAAUGGCAAAGAGAUAUGCUGCGUGGGUGAAUGAAUCUCGGCGGAGAGGCUUGCUCAUGUCUCCUUUGGUAGCUAUACAGCAAGCACCUGUAUUUUCUGCGAUUCAUGCUGUUUUAUCGUCUAUAAUGACUAUUGUAAUGUCUAUUGGGGGUAUCGCGGCCCCCAUUACUGCCGCCGCACAAGCUGCCGGGGCUGCCGGUAUCCUCUUCAGCAUCAUCGAUGCACCCCAGCCAAAGACUGAAGGUAUUAAAGCUCCAGACGUUUCUUCAAGAGAGGAUAUCGUUCUUGAGAAUGUCAAUUUUGCGUAUCCUCUAAGACAUGAUGUCAAAGUACUUGAUAAUCUGAAUAUUCGGUUCCCGGCUGGAAAACUUACCGCUAUUGUUGGAGCUUCUGGCUCGGGAAAAAGUACCAUUGUUGGCUUGAUUGAAAGAUGGUAUGAGCUUGAUGGAAACCUCACGGAUAAUGCCCUUACACUUUUCUUCCGAAAUGGUACGAUCACCGUCGGUGGUCAAAAGUUACACGAAAUUGACUUGAAAUGGUGGAGGUCGCAGAUAGGCCUUGUUCAGCAAGAACCAUUUCUGUUCAAUACCACUAUCUAUAGGAACGUGGAAUAUGGUUUAAUAGGUACAAAAUGGGAGCAUGAAAGUUAUGAGAAGAAAAGGAGGUUGGUGAGACGGGCUUGUAAGGAGGCUUUUGCAGACGAAUUCAUUAAGCGACUUCCUGAGGGCUACAAUACAAUGGUAGGAGACGCUGGGAUAAAACUCAGUGGUGGCCAACGGCAAAGAUUGGCAAUUGCACGGAGUAUCGUCAAGCAGCCCACGAUACUGAUCCUUGAUGAAGCAACGAGUGCUAUCGAUGUCAGGAGUGAGAGAAUUGUCCAAGCUGCAUUGGAUAAAGUCUCCAAGAAUCGAACUACCAUCACAAUAGCCCAUCGUUUAUCUACUGUCAUCAAAGCAGACAAUAUCGUGGUCAUGAAAAAAGGACAGGUGGUACAACAGGGGACUCAUGAACAGUUGUUGAUGGAUACGGAAGGUCCAUAUUGGGCACUUGCGAACGCUCAACAGUUAGGUAAUGGUGAGAUUGCUAGCAAAGAAGUUAGUGUACCAAGCGAUCCCGAGAAAAGACAAGAUCUAGACUCGCCAACAUUCGAGAAGAUCAGUCUUGAUCUUCAGGAGGACCAACCAUCAAGUUUGGAAUCGCUUCCACCAAAGGAAAAAAGGAGAACCCCUUUGGGAAGCUUUAUGCUUUUUCUUUGGGAACAAAAGCCGCGGUGGAUAUGGUAUACGAUAAUGUUUCUCAGUUCCUUAAGUGCUGGGGUUUCGUUUCCAUUACAUGCAUUCUUAUUCGCGAAACUCAUUUCGCUAUUUAAUCUGUGGGGACAACUUCUUCAAGUCCAGACUAGUUAUUGGUGCUUCAUGUUCACUUUGUUGGCCAUUGGCGUUGGAAUCAGCUAUUAUGCUCUUGGAUGGUCUUCCAACACUGUCUCCUUUAACAUCACAGCUACAUAUCGUCAAGAAUACUUUCAGAACGUGCUCUCGAAGCCAGUAUCUUACUAUGACGAGGAAGAGAAUUCCGUGGGUAGUUUAACAGCUAGAAUGGCGAGCGAUCCCACUCAACUCCAGCAAUUGCUGGGAAUCAAUAUGGCGAUGGUGUUGAUUUCCAUGUUCAAUAUCUUCGGAUCUGUGGCGAUGUCAUUUUACUUCGGUUGGAAACUCACGCUAUUGACUGUCGUGACAACAAUGCCCAUUAUUCUCGCUGCAGGCUUUUUCCGACUUCGAUACGAAACCCAAUUCGAAAAAAUGAAUAACGAUGUGUUUGCUGAAAGCUCCAAGUUCGCCACCGAAUCCAUUGGUGCUUUCCGUACUGUCUCGUCCCUUACUCUCGAGUCAGAGAUCUGCGGACGAUACGAAAAGCUCCUGCGGAAUUAUACUGAGAAAGCUUUCCGAAAAGCCAGGUUCUCAACCUUCGUUUUUGCGAUGAGCGAUAGUAUUGCAAUUCUAUGCAUGGCAUUUGUCUUGUGGUAUGGUGGUCAACUUCUAGCUACCCAUGAAUACACACCGUUCAACUACCUAGUUGUGUAUUUGGCCGUUGUACAAGGCAGUACCACGGCAGGGCAAUCCCUAAGCUUCGGCCCAAAUAUUGCCCAAGCCUUCGCCGCAGCAAACCGUAUUCGCGGUAUGAGACCCGAAGGUGAAAAGGAGCAUGAAUCGGUGCUGUACGAUUUUGCGGAUGCGGACGAUGGCGAAAAGAGUUCGCGUGGAGUUAAGAUUGAGCUUAGGAACGUCUCGUUCAAAUACCCUACUCGUGAUGUUCCGGUGCUCCAUGGAUUAGACAUGACUAUCGAGAAGGGUCAGUUUGCUGCCAUUGUUGGGCCCUCGGGAUGCGGUAAAACGAGUAUCAUAUCAUUACUCGAGCGAUUUUACCAAAUCCAGAGCGGUCAGAUCUUCUACCAAGAAACGAACAUUGAAGAUAUUUCUCUAAACGAAUACCGCAAAUCGAUCUCCCUGGUAGCCCAAGAACCCUCCUUAUUCGAAGGAUCCAUCCACGAAAACAUCUUCCUCGGAAUCUCAGACGAAGAAGAAAUCUCAGACACCACACUCCAUCAAACAUGUCGCGAUGCCGAAAUUCACGAUUUCAUCUCCUCGCUCCCGGAAGGCUACAAUACCGCCGUUGGAAACCACGGAGUAGCAUUAUCCGGGGGUCAGAAACAACGCAUUGCUAUAGCGCGAGCUUUAAUUCGCAAUCCUCGUUUACUAUUACUAGAUGAAGCGACGUCAAAUUUGGAUUCGGAGACGGAGAGGAGUGUACAGGCUGUUUUUGAAAGGACGGGGAGGGGGAGAACGAUGGUUGUGGUGGCGCAUAGGUUGGCGACGGUGCAGAAUGCGGAUGUUAUUUUUGUGUUGGGGGAGGGGGGUAAUGUGGUGGAGAAGGGGGAUCAUGGGAAGUUGUUGCGGAUGAGGGGUUUGUAUUGGCAGAUGUGUCAAGCGCAAGCUUUGGAUCGGUGA